UCGAGCAGUCACACCCAACUUUGGGAGAGUGGUAGUAAGUCAGGCUAUACAUUAGCUCUGUCAGAAAGAAUCAAUACUCUCUUUUUAUGUCUACUAGCAUCUGUGAUUUUAUUCCAAAACUGAAAUAAGAGGGUUUUACAUUUAUUUUUACCCCAAGGAGAACAAAGGGACUCAAUAAAAUCCAAUGUGUCUUCACUACCCCAGUACUGCAUCUGAUGUACCGCUGAUGGGAAGACAUCUUUGAAAAAAGCAUACAACACCAACCAGUCCCCAAGGCUGCUCUAUAAUUAAAGAUUAUUCCAGUCUCUUCAAGUCUGUUCUAUAAAUAAAACUGCACUCCUUCAGAACUUUGCAUACACUGACACUGCCUUAUUUGAAGUAUUCAGCAGUUUGCAGCCUUCGUAUCACACAGUGUUACUGAUCUAAAUUUAAAUUCACUCUCACAGUACUAAUUCCAAUGUUUACUUUCCCUUUAAGAAAAAGAACAGAGGCAACACACACCUUUUUUCUGGUGUAACCUUCGACAGGCACAAUUUGAUAAGAUCUAAACUGUUUCCAAUGUCAUAUACAAAGUAUUGCAUUGUUUUUUAAAUACAAGCAUUCAGAAGCAUUUGUUAACUAUGCCUGCCAAGACUCCCAUUUAUCUGAAAACCUUAACUCCAAAACGGGGGAAAAAAUUAAGACUGCGAGAUGUCCUUUCAAGUGAUAUGAUCAGUCCCCCUCUUGGUGAUUUCCGUCAUAGUGCACACAUUGGUCUUCAUGGAGAGGGAGACAUGUUUGGGGAACUUUCUUUCCUCCAGGGAAGAUAUGAUCUGCUUCCAUGUUUGAACCGGAAACUUAGCACUCAAAGUACUGAUGGAGGGCUGGACCUAGAAUACAACACACACAGGACUGCAGAGAGUUACCCAACCUUUCUAAAAAAUGCUGUGUCACUUCCUGUUUUCAGUGGGGUGCAGGAGACUCAGGGACAGGAGCUGGCUCCACCUAAACCUCCAAGACUGCAUUUGGAGGAAGGCCCAGGUCAAAGGUCAAUGUCAGUUGGUUCAGCAGGGCACUACUCUAGCAGCAGCAGUGAGGAAAUGUCAAUUUCUUCCGUCCAAACCUAUGAGCAAAUUAAGUCAUCUGUGUCCUUUUCUAUUACUUCUGCAACUUCCUCAGAAAAUUCUGUUUUGGAGAAUUCAACUCAUGAUACUAGAGAAGGUCUGAGCAUUGAUUCCAACAUGGGCCUGAAUGAUAAGGAUUUGUAUUCAGAAGAAUUUGAGCUGACAAAAUCAGAAUCCUUGUUAGGUUUGGACUUAGAUUUGGGGCCUUCAAUCCUUGAUGAUGUUCUCAGAAUCAUGGAUGACUACAAGGCGCAGGAGGUUAAAGAGCUGUAAAUUUGCAUUGAAUCAAUGUAUGACCAGAGUGCUCAUGCUCAGAAAGAGAAUGUUGUCCUAUUGAUCAAGGAGUGAAGUGUAUUUUUAUACUUUUAAAAACAUUACGUUGUCACAAAACUAGAAGGAAGAAUUAAAGAAAAAAAUAUCAGGACACAAACUUUUUGCUGUGCAAAUCUGACUGAAAAACAAUUUUGUUUUCAUAUACUGCUUAAAAAAUUUAAAUUGCUGACUCUUGUCUGUGUAGCAACCAAAAAUUGUUGAAUCUUGACUGUAUAGCAAAAAUAAGCCAUACUUAACCGUCACCAACUGAGCAAGCAAUAUUAAAGUGUCUUUCAUCAAAUUAGACAGAGCUCUAGCUGUCUUUGAAGUGAGCACACUUUGUAGCACUCUCUUAUCCUCUGUUAGUUAAAUUUUAAAACUUACAGUUAACUAACUUCCUCCAGAACUUGCAAGUUGGCUGACAGCAUGAACUGCUAAUGAAAAAUAAGAUGAAAAUGAACACAGUUGCAAAGAUUCUAGUGCUUUUGUACAAUGUUAUCCAGUUAUACAUUACUAUCAAAACAAAAAUAUUAGGGAACUACUUAAAACCAACUAUAACUUUAUUUUUACUGACUGCAUUUUUUUAUUUUGCUAAAGUCUUAAAGGUUUUCCUAUAUUAACAGAAAUACUGUUUUGAGUUCUUUGUCUUUGGGGUUUGUGCAUUAGCCAAUUUUGACUUUUAUAAAUGUUAAUUUCGGGGAUUUUGGUCCCCAAAACUACACUUCUUCAGACAGAGUAAUUAAAUUUUACUAGCAUCACUCAAAUGUUUUUUUCCAUACAAAUGACACAUAUACAAACUGUAAAUAAAGCUGGCAACUUUAUGAAGGCAUGCUACUAUUUAAACCUCCAGUGUUAAUAAAGUCAAACUCCGCAAACA